CUCGCAAAAUGGCGGGUAGGUUGAAGCUGAAUAGCGCUUAUACACCUAAUUCUAUGAAUACUUUGAAAGCUGGGGAAAAUUAGCGGAAAAUCAACCAUGAGAUCUCUAAAAAAGCUUGCCUCUCGGUCUUCAAUUCAACAGACGAAUGCCGAGUAUGAAAGACGAGAAGUGACGCCGAGCCAAAGUAGUCAACAGAAUGCGGAGAAUUUAAACCUUUUGGAUGUUCAUUGGAAUAAUUCUAAGCAAAUCAUGUGCUUAGAGGAAAGAACGGUGACUCCUCAAGAGAAGUGCAAGAUUUUAGUGUAUCAUUUGAAUGAAAUUAUUGAAAUUUUAACUGAUGAGAAGGAAGACGAUUACCCAGGACCCUGCAUCAAAUAUGCCAUCGAUGAGGAAAUUUUCCAAAUUUUGUAUUUAUGGAGUACCGAAUCACCAGGGUCUUUAAGAGAUUUAAUAAUGAGAACCGAGCAGAUGCGGAUUUAUAAAAAAUUCAUUGAUAGAUGUAAAGCUCCUAUUUUAUUGUAUGAGCAAGUUUGGAAACCUUUGCUUUUGCUACUUCACUCUUGCAACACCGUGACGGCUGACAUGGAGGCAGACUUUGUAGCAAUAUUGAAGAGCUUGUGCGUCUGUGUUAAUCGAGAAGCUGCUCUGUUAGACUUAUUUUUCCUGGAUAAUCAUAACGAGAGGAACAUUGGGUCGCUCUCGAUCUUUUCUCUGCUAAUUCCGUACGUUCAUCGAGCUGGAGAUGUUGGCGCGUGGGCUCGCGAUGCUGUUCUCUUGUGUAUGGCUUUAUCAUCAGUAGACCAUAGAUUGGGGAGCUAUAUCAUCGAGAAGACCAAUUUUUGCCCCGUUCUUGCAACAGGUUUAAGUGGCCUAUUCUCAGACCUCCCAACAUCACUGGACAUUCCAUCUGAAGACUGGUACUCACUGGAAAGAGGACUGUGGGCAACAUUUCCUGAACUGGUUGCUUUUUUGACUUCAUUAGAGUUUUGUAAUAAUGUUAUUCAGAUUGCUCAUCCUAAAGUACAGUCUAUGCUUCUCGAGCUUAUCUAUAAUGGAUUUUUAGUCUCUGUGAUGUCUGCAGCCUUGUCACAGAGCUCUGUUGAGGCCCUUACAGCAGUCACAGCCUAUGUUGACAUGUUUCUUAGAAGUAUCACUGACUCCAAGCUCAUGUCUGUAUUUGUAAAGUUUAUCUUGGUAGAGCAAUGUGAUGGCACUCCUCUUCUGGAGUAUUUAGUGUCCAGGAUAAGUCAAGAAUCACAGUUGUCAGUGGUGUCACUUGGAUUAUUUUACACUUUGCUGGAUUUGAAUUGUGAAGAUAUCAUGUACACUCUUGUUCUGAGGUACCUCAUUCCAUGUUCUCAUAUUUUGAGCAGUCAAAAGCGAACUGUCCGAGAGGUGGAUUUUUACAGCAAAAGUGCGGCGAAAUUUUUGUCACUUAUUCCAUCAUGUUGUGAGAUGUACCAUCAGACUAGCAAACCAACCUCUCCUUCAUCAUCAUCAGAAAGUCUCAAUAAAUCCAUUGAAGGAAAGGUCAAGAUCGACUUGGGAACAUCACAUGACCUUGUAUUAUACAGRCCAAAUCUCAUGAAUACGCAGUACAGUGAAGUACAGUCAGACUACAUGGAUUACCUUGCUGAUGCCCGUGCAGCUAUCAGAUAUUGUGCAAUGCGCUGCGCAUGCUGGAGCUCCACUUACGACGGUGCUGACGCUUCGUCGAUGGACUCACCCGAUGAAGAAAAACGACGAGCAGCCUCGCUUUUUAAUGGUUCAGUUGAAUAUGCCCGAAGCCUGUCCGACUCCUCUUCGGUGCGUUCGGGAAGUGAAAGUAAAAAGCUGAGAUCAGCGUCUGACAUCGACAACCAAAGUGCGGAGAGCUGUUUAGGGCCGUUCUUGACCACCAUUUUUAAAAAGCUGGAAAACAUGCAUAAUAACACGUUCUAUGUCAAUUUGAUUCUUACGGCAGUGAUAACACGGUUAUCGUACUAUCCCCAGCCAUUGGUGAAGUCGUUUCUACUUAAUUACAAUAUGGUGCUCAAGCCAGGGGUGCGAUCUCUCUUUCAGAUUUUAAGUUCCUUGAAAAUCAAAGUCGAAAAUGUGGUGGAAAAUGUAGACGGUCUUGAAAAGCUCCUGAGAAGAGCACGAAAGAAUCUUGUUCACAGAGAAGAAAAGAGCAAAGCAAGUAUACAAACUGCCUUCAUUGAAACGCAGCAACCCGUCGUCAAAGAACAGAGAAGAGUUUUUGAUAGUUCUCGAUCUCCAAAACACUCCUACCGCACAAAAGCUGAAUAUUCGUUGCUAAGCGCUGUAAAACUCUUGAAAGAUGGACCUCCGCCGUCAUUAACUAAAGCAACAAGUUAUGGAAGUAUCGACACUAAUAGCUCAUCUUCAAGUUUAUCUUUAACGGAAUCUAUAGAGACACCAGAAUCGAUGAGCCCACUGUACGGUAGUACCGGAGAGUUAAGUGACUGCGCAAGCCCGAAGGUAGCGACACCURUUGCAAGCCCAAAGCCUUGGCAUAAAUGGAAACAGGGUAGCGAAGGAGCGAAGAACACAUUUAAACGGAAAAAUCCKAAAAYGAUUAAAAAUGCGGUGUAUUGUGUUAUUGUAUUAGAAGAAUGGCUAAAAGAACUAGCAGCCAUAUCACAAGAACAUGCUUUGUGGCCAAUGGAAGAACAUUCCGAUGUACCAUCAUAAAUUUGAAUUAAUUAGAGCAAAUGAUCGACAGUCAAUCACGAAUUAAAUAAAUUCAGCAUAUACACACAA